AUGUCUUCAGUUAUUGUUUCAAACGUCCCAACCAAGGUUUCUCCAGCUGAACUCAUCAAGUUCUUUUCAUUUGCCGGUCACGUUACCGAUUUGAGACCUUUGAGCGACAACAAAUACCAAGUUGUAUUUGAAGAUCCCAAGGCGGUUUCCACAGCUCUUGUCCUCAACGAUGCUGAAUUGGACAACACUUUUAUCAGAGUUGAUGAGGAUUUGGAACUUACUGAUGGUGAAACUGGCGUUGCUCCACAACAAGGUGGUGUUGAUAAGCAAAGACAAGAGGAUAUCCAGUACACAUUGAGCAAUGCUUAUGGUCAAAUCAGACACAAACAUUCGGCCGAUAUCCACCAAGAGGAUAAACCCAAGUAUGCAAUUUUGGCUGAUUUGCUAUCUCACGGAUACAAGCUUUCUGAUAAUGUUGUUAAAAAGGCAGCUGAAUUGGAUGAAAAAAAUGGACUUUCCAAAAAUUAUCAAGAUUUCAUCAAGUCAUUGAAUGGGAACAAGGAGAAAUGCCCGGUUAUUAGAGGUGAAGAGAAGAUUGGCAAGGCUUAUGAGAAUUCAAACUUGAAAAAGUAUUUUGAUAAUGUGAGUGGAGAUAUUGCCCAUUCAAAGGGCGGUAUUACCCUUAGCCAAUUCUAUCAAAAGGUUGCUAAUGAUGUCAAUUCUAUUCGUGAUCAAGCAAAAAAGUUGGCUAAGGAGAGGGAACACGCUAAGGCUUAG